CGGACCUUCUUUUGUUUUUGCCUUACAGACCACUGACACGGUGGCGGCGACCCCACUCUGCGUAUGUCCCGCAUCAAUGACUCGAGCAUUCUACCGCUAUCACAGUAUGGCGGCAGGUGGAACCCUGAGCUCACGGGUGUGGUCCCAGCCGACUCGGGCACCAGCCACAUGGCGGUGGUGGACGGCGAGGGCAACGCGGUGUCGCUCACCUCCUCCGUCAACACCGCGUUCGGCUCCAACGUCAUGUCCAGGUCCACCGGCAUCCUGUUCAAUAACCAGAUGGACGACUUCAGCCGCCCCGGAGCACCCAACGCAUACCACCUGGUACCCGCAGAGGCCAACUUCAUCGCCCCCGGCAAGCGGCCUCUCUCCUCCAUGUCCCCCUCCAUGCUGCUGCUCACAACGACAGCAGCGGUGGGGAAUGGCUCCUCCACAGCAGCGGUGGGAAAUGGCUCCUCCACAGCAGCGGUGGGAAAUGGCUCCUUACCAACGGGCAAUGGGUCUUCUGCAGUGGGGAAUGGGUCUUCGGCAGCGAAAACAAAUGACGGGCAGCAGCAGCAGCAACGGUUGCGGUUGGUGGUUGGCGCCAGUAACGGUCCGCGCAUCCUCACGGGAAUCAUGCAGACCGUGCUCAGGGUGUUGUUCCAGGGCAUGGACCCGCUAGCUGCCGUGUCCGCCCCUCGCCUGCACCACCAGUGGCUGCCGCAGCUCUGCCUGUUCGAGAACUUCACACUCAACGGAGUCAGCUUUCGAGAGGAGGGGGCGCUGGUGGCGGGGCUGGCGGCCAGGGGUAACGUCAUGGCGUCGUACAAUGACCAGUUGGGUGACGUACAAGCCAUCUUGCUGGAGCAGGAGGGAGGUAGCAGCAUUUUGAAUGGUACGGCAAGUAAUGGUACGGCAGCUAGCGGUACGGCAACUGCAGCACCUGUCAUCACGGCGACGGCGGUAUCGGAUCCGCGCAAGGAUGGGGCGCCUGCCGCAGCUAGGGGCUGAUGAGUGGUAUAACGUGUUUGACGUAUGUACGGCGUAAGCAAGCGCGGGCAGCUGAGAAAGGUAUGGAACGCAUGGCGGCGUGUGGGGCCUGCAAGCGUGCGCGGAGCAAAUUGCAGCUAGUGUGUAUAGUGGAUGAAGGAAGAUGAUUGAAGUAUGGCACGUUGAAAGUAAGUUGGAAGGUGUUGGUACCGGCGAUGGGGCGAGGGAAGGUGGGAGUGGUACCGGUAGGCAAAUAAUCGUUCUAGGAUAGCCCAGCAGACCUGACAGGCUGCGUCCAUGACUGAUCAGCGGUGCGGCUAGAAAACUCAGUGCUUAAAACGUCACAUUUCGUGGUUUCUGUGCGCGUUCUGGCGCUGAGAGAAGCGCCCUUUGGUGCUGGGUUUCGGGCACUGUAAACGGUGGC